AGGACGACUUUUUUUUUACUUCCAAUAAGCAUGUUUUUUUCUAUUGGCUAGAUAGAACUACUCUGUAAAAAAAAUUGGAUUACUAACUACAAUAUGGAUGCCAAGAUUAGUGAAUUUAUUCCUGAAAGUAAGAUUGAAAAUUCUAAGAAGGAAACUGUUCCAGAACAUAUUGGCGAUAUGAACAAAAUUGCAUCUGCUAACCAAGCAGAGACCGAACCCAAAGAUGUGGAACCUACUUCUAACAAUUGCAUCGAAAUACCUAAUCAAAUCAAUGCACUUCAAGAACUAGGUCUAAUGGAUGAUUUUACAUCAAACAAUCGUAUCGAUACACCUACUCGAAAGGAAGUUAUUGAAGAAUUAGAUCUUAUGGAAGAAAUAAUUUUCAACAAUCACAUUGAAAGAUCGAAUGGAAUGGAUGCAAUUGAAGACUUGGAUCAAAUUGAUGAAGAUACAUCCAACAAUCACAGAGAAAAAGCUAAUAAAAAUGAUUUAAUUGUAGAUUUAAAUCUUGUGGAACAACAUAUUUUAGGCGAUCACAUUGAAACACGUGAUAAAAAGAAUACUUUUAAAGAUUUAGAUCGAAUGGAUGAGCUGACACCCAACGAACAUAUCGAAAUAUCUAAAAGAAAUAAUGCUCUUAAAGAAUUUGAUCGAAUGGAAAAUAAUGAGUUUUCUGACAAUUGUGACGAAUCCAUUAAAAUUAAAAAUGAUCACAAAUUAAUGAAUGCGGAAGUUUGCUUGGACAUUGGUAAUAAAGUUAACACGGAAGUGAAGCCUCUUAAUGUACCUACGGAAGACAAUCUGGAACAAUCUCAUGAUAAAAAUGGCUUAAUGGAUGAUACCGAUUUUAAUAUUCGUGUACCUACGAAAGACAAUUUGGAACAAUCUCAUGAUAAAAAUGGCUUAAUGGAUGACACAGAUUUUAGUCUUCGUGAUAAUUGUGAUGACGAUAAUAGCAAAAAUAGUAAUGAAAGAGACCACAUUGUUAAUGCUAUAGAAACAGUCAAUAUCGAUGUGGAUAUGGAUAGUAAUGAAAUUUAUUUAAGUUCAAUUAGUAGUGAUGAUACAAAAAAAUUGGAUGGGAGUGCUGAAGAAGGUGUUAAAAUAACACAUUCGAAUAACAAUAGCAAAAUUAAUGAUGAUGGUGAUGGUGAUCAAAAUGAUAUUGAAGUACUACAACGUAGUAAUGACAAUAGCAGCAAUAAUGAUAGUAGUCAUGAAGGUCAAUCUGAAACAUUACAACGUAGUAGUGACGACAGCAGCAGUAAUGAUAGUAGUGAUGAAGAUUAUUUUGAAAUACUACAACCUAGUAGUGACGAUAACAGCAACAAUAAUAAUAGUGAUGAAGAUAAUUUGGAAAUGUUAGAACAUAAUAGUGACGACAGCAACAAUAAUGUUAGUAGUGAUGAAGAUCAUUCUAAAGUACUACAACCUCAAUUUAACGAUUGCAAUAUACAUGCUAGUAGUGAUGAAGAUGAUAUAGAAAUAGCACAUCCUAAUAACAAGAACAGGAUAACUGAUAGUAGUGAUGGAGAUGAUAUUAAAACAGCACAAUCUAAUAACGCCAACAACGUUAUUGAUAAUACAGGUGAAGAUAAUAUUCAAAUACCAAAACUUUGUAGCGAUAUUCGCAACAUUAAUAACAGUAGUGAUAAAGUCAAUAUUUGUAUACCUCAAACUUGUGACAAGAACGUUGUAAAGGUUAUUAUUAAAAGACUUAAACCUCCAACAAAAGAAAAAAUCGUUAAUAUCGACCAGCGCUCUGAUGCAGACUGUGGUAAACGAAUCUUAGCCGAUGUGAGUAAUACUUUUCCUAAACCUGACGAAUCACUUGCAAUACAAGAACACUUCACAGAACCUCAACCUGAGGAGCUUAAAUUAAAAUCAAUUACUGAUAACAUUUCUUCUCAAAGAGAUAUGGAUUUAAGAAGGUAUUCUAAGUCAAUAACGGCUGCACAACCACAAUUAGAUGACAAAAUUGAAGUGGAUUUCAGGAGAAAGCAAUUAGAAGAUCCACUUACAAUGAUCAAAUUAAAUGAAUUCAAUAGGAAUUCAAGGCAUUUAAGUAGAAAACGUUUAAUAAAAUUAUUAAAAAAUGAUAUAAAGUAUGAGCGAAAAUCUCGCAAAAAUAAACAACACCGAAAGGGAAAGAAAGGCAAUGAUCAUCAAAAUGCUGAAUGUAAUUACCUAGAAUUCUUAUUUAGUUUAAAUAAGAUCGACGGUUGCUGGAAAAAAGGAAUAGAUAAACUGUUUCUAGAUUUAAACAAACGUUUAUCGCUACAAGAAAAUUGUUUAUUCCAUAACACUCUAAGAAAAUAUCAAUCCAUAUUUGAAACCAUCGGUAAUACGAUGAUUGAGGAAUUGAAGACUACAAUUUAUAAGGAUUUACUAAAGACCUCCUAUAUUAUGCAACGUAAACUCUGUGCAAAUAAACGUAAACGGUCCAAUAACUCACUGGAAUCUGAAUUACCAACUAAAAAAAAAGUAUUAAAAGAGCAUUAAAUAAUUUAAACAAUUAAUUUUGAAUAUUAAUUUCUCAUUAAUUAAUUUAAUUCAAUAAUUUUUCCUAUACAAUCACAAAACUUUGUUAACUA